CAUAACCCCUGAAAAAGUAUCGUGAAUUUUUUAAAUAAAUUACGACAAAAACAACAAAAAUGUCGUUAAAUAAACUAAUUGUAAGUCGCUUAUUAACGUGUCGUUAUCUCCAAUUCGAAGCCAAGAAUGCAGUGUUCAGAAAUUCGUACGCUAAACGGAGAUUAAUUUUUCAAAAUUACAAUUUUCCGAGAUUGUUAAGCACUGAAACGUCUGCAAAAGACGAACAUCAUUCGAUCAUUAAAGAUACAGAAAAACCCAUAGGUGAAAGUCAAAAAUACGAAUUCCAGGCGGAGACCAGGAUGUUAUUAGACAUCGUAGCGAGAUCCUUGUACUCAGAAAAAGAGGUAUUUGUCCGAGAAUUAAUAUCGAAUGCCAGCGAUGCUUUGGAAAAAUUCAGGUACAUCGUAGCCACCGGUGGCGAGGAAUCCAAAAACAUCAAAGACUUGGAUAGGGCUUUAGAGAUUCAUAUAUCGACCGACAAACACAAUCGGACUCUAACUAUACAGGAUACUGGGAUUGGAAUGACUAAAGAUGAAUUAAUAUCGCAUUUGGGUAUCAUUGCUAAAUCUGGAUCUAAGGCAUUUAUGGAGCAAAUAAAGGAAAAAGCUGCCAGCGGUGAUAACAACAUUAUAGGACAAUUUGGAGUUGGUUUUUAUAGUGCUUUCAUGGUAGCCGAUAAGGUUGAUGUGUAUUCUAAAAAAUCUGGUGAUGAAACUGGCCAUAAAUGGACGUCCGAUGGAACCGGUUCGUAUGAAAUUCAACCGGCCGAAGGUGUUCAGAACGGCACGAAAAUAGUCAUUCAUUUAAAAGGGGAUUGCAGAGAAUUCGCUGAUGAAGAUACGAUUAAGAACGUGAUAAAUAAAUACAGCAAUUUCGUGGGAAGUCCCGUGUAUUUGAAUGGCAAAAAAACCAACAUAGUCCAGCCUCUGUGGAUUUCCGAUCCCAAAUCUGUAUCUCUUCAGCAGCACAACGAUUUUUACAGGUUCAUUAGCGGCAGUUAUGACACACCUCGUUAUACUUUACAUUAUAAAACGGACGCUCCGCUUUCUAUUCGAGCGUUGCUUUAUUUCCCUGAAGGGAAACCAGGUUUAUUCGAAAUAUCUAGAGAAACAGAAACCGGUGUAGCUCUGUAUACUAAAAAGAUCCUCAUAAAGAACAAGACUGACAAUAUUUUACCGAAAUGGUUGCGAUUCGUUAAAGGUGUAGUGGAUUCUGAAGAUAUCCCUUUGAAUUUGAGCAGGGAAUUAUUGCAAAAUAGCGCUCUUAUUAACAAACUGCGAGAUGUACUUACUUCGAGGGUUAUCAAAUUUUUACAAGAACAGUUGAAGAAGAACCCAGUGGAAUUUGAAAAGUUUUAUAAAGAUUACGGUAUAUUCAUCAAAGAAGGCAUCAUUACCAAUUAUAAUCAAACAGAAAAGGAAGAUGCAGCAAAUUUGCUUCUAUUCGAAUCAUCACACGAAGAAGCGAAUAAAAAAGUUACCUUAAACGAUUAUUUGGCCAGAGCCAAGGAAAACAGGACGAUAUUUUAUUUAGCAGCGCCCAGUCGUACACUGGCCGAAAAUUCCCCUUACUACGAAUCUCUCAAAACCAAGAAACAAGAAGUCCUCUUCUGUUACGAGCCCUACGACGAGCUAGUGCUGAUGCAAUUGCAACAAUUCAAAGGCAACAAGUUGGUGUCCGUGGAAAAGGACAUGAGAGAGGACAAGCAAGCCAUAGAUCUUACCAAUUUAGGAGACGACAGUUUAAAGCGUAGCGAAAUCAACGAUUUAACCGCUUGGAUUAAGGACAAAUUAGGCGACAAAGUUGCCGCUGUGAACGCGACGAAUCGCCUGGAAAGCCAUCCUUGUGUUAUAACCGUUGAAGAAAUGGCGGCGGCCAGGCAUUUCAUUCGUACCCAAAGUCAUAACGUGCCCGAAGACAAGAGGUACUCCAUUUUACAGCCGAGAUUCGAGCUCAAUCCCAAGCAUCCGAUUAUUAAGAAACUGCACAAAUUAACCGGGGAAAAUCCGGAGUUAGCCGAGCUGUUAGCUAAGCAGCUAUUUGCAAAUUCGAUGGUAGGAGCUGGAUUGGUCGAUGAUCCGCGAAUUUUAUUAACAUCGAUGAAUGAUCUUUUAGCCAAAGCUUUAGAGAAACAUUGAGCUAAUGUUGAUGUUUAGCGUUCAAUUUCUUUCAUUCCUGUUGUA